UGUGCUCAUGUAAGGUUCACUGAGCGAUUUCCUAAAGUGCGACUGGAACUGUCUGAGGCGCAUUUGGAUCAGAGCGCGCUCAGUCGUGGAAGUUCUCAGAUAACUAAAAGAAAUUACCAAAAAAAAAAAUCUCCCUGAGAAAGUAUAAAGCGCAACAUGCCUCGAUCAUUUCUGGUCAAGAAGUACUUUUCUAAUAAGAAGCUUUAUUACAAGGAUAGCCAACUGGAGAGCCAAAGUGCUUUUGUGCCAGAAAGUUUUCCACGGGCUGAACUCCCAACGCUGAACAACAGCUCUGCUCUGACCUGCUGUCCCACCAACCAGUUCCUGACCGGUGUGGAAGCCCUGCCUGCACCGAUCUCCCCCAUCACCCCGGUGUCUCCUUCUCUGCUGGCCCCUGUGGAUCUGAGCAGCUCUCCCUCCAGCAGCAGCAGCAGCGGUGAGGAAGAGGAGGAUGGAGGACGUAGCUCGGAUCCCCCCAGCCCAGACGUGAUCCAGCACAUCUACCCGAGUCUGCACUGCAGUGAGAGCUAUGCCAGCCUCUCGGUGCUCUCCUACCGUCAGAUGUCCCACCACCAGCUCUCGUCCCUCGUCCCACCGGAACAGACUCCCCCGCUGCCGGCCGAGGGCUCUUCACGCCCAGCCUUCCACUGCAAACACUGCUCCAAGGAGUACAACAGCCUGGGAGCCUUGAAGAUGCACAUUCGCUCACACACCCUGCCCUGCGUGUGUCCCACCUGUGGCAAGGCCUUCUCCAGGCCCUGGCUGCUCAGAGGACACAUCCGCACACAUACAGGAGAACGUCCAUUUGCAUGUCAGCAUUGUAACCGGGCCUUCGCCGAUCGCUCCAAUCUGCGUGCCCACCUGCAGACCCACUCAGAGGUGAAGAAGUACCAGUGUGGCUCUUGCUCGCGGACCUUCAGCCGCAUGUCCCUGCUGCACAAACACAGGGCCUCUGGAUGCUGCGCUGCCUCAUAGACUCACAUUCCCUUGAAUGUCUCUUCGUGAUCCAGUUGAAGCUGCUUUGAUGGCUUUCUUCACGGUGAUAAGAGCCAACACACAAAAGACAUUGGGAGAUAGCAAUUUGCGUAAAAUGCAGCUCUCUUUUUAUGUACAAGACUACUUAAGUGCCUUCACGUCACAAUUCACUCAAUCAGAUGUGCGGUAUCUGGAACUCUGUUGUGCUGCAUGCCGUCAACUGUGUGUGUGUGUGAUUUGAGGGCAGCUGGACAUGCAGUUAAUUCCCAGGAAACUUCAUUGGUGCCGGCCGGUCCGGGACUCUGGCCAUGUUGCAGCUGCUUGGGUGUGUUUUUGUGUGUAUGUGAGGAUGUCAUUCCUCACUAUACUAUACAUACAUGAUGUGUGGGUGUUGAGACAGCUGUCUGUGUGCACUGUGCAGUGAGGAGGCAGAGCGCUGAGAGACGUGCUAUGUGUGACCUCAGCAACAGGUGACACACACCCCUUCUUCAGUAACCCGUCCUCCAUGGCAGACACUUGCAUGGUUGACAUUUAAAAGGAAAAAAAAAAAAAAAAAGAGAGCCUGACCAAAUUCAUACAACUUGCUUUUUCAGAUAUUGCCAUUUUUAGAAUCCAAAUUACAUUUAGAUAUGUUUUUAAUGGAAGAUUUUGUUGCAAAUGCUUUCCAAGUGAUGUCUUUUUCUGCCAUUUGUAAAUAAA